AUGUUGCAGCAAGAAUCAUAUCAGCUCUUUGUGCCCGAGGCAAUGGAUAGCGACGUCUACGUUCUGCGGCUCGAACGUAAUCCAUGUUGGCGCAAGCCGGUAAUAGCUGGUACACCACCUGAUUCUUCCAUCCUGUCUACAUUCAUCCCUCUAACACCUGGGAGACUUCUUCUAAUUGGCGGACAGAACGGAGCAGUCACGGAUGCGAGACAGUCCCACAAACUGGCCCACAUCCUCCAUUACUCACUUGACGACCUGGAAUUUCAGUGGCGCUGGGAGCAGUGCCCGGUGAGUUGC